CCCAUUGAGCUGAAGUGUCACCAAAGCAGGGCCAUGGCGAGCACCGAGGGCUUUGCUGCUGUCUUCUACAGCGAACCAGGGGUGCUGGGGCUGCUCGGCAAUGUGGUCAGCGCCUUCCUCCUGUGCCUGCAGAACUUCACCAUGGCCGCCACCGGCCUCGGGCCUCACGCAGCAGAGCAGGUCCUGGCAGGUGUCCACCUCAUCCUGAUUGGAGGCUUUGUCCAGCUCCUGGCCGGAUUUCUCGCCUUCCGCAAGUAUGACCACCUUGGAGGCGCAGCCUUCCUCACCUUCUCUGCUCUGUGGAGCAGCUACGGGGCCACAAAGGUCCUGUCUGCUGCGUAUCCCUCCCCGGAGAACACAACGCUCCCCUCUGGGAACACCAGCCAGCUCCCAGCCGCCGGCACGGCCCUGCUCUCAGCCAGCCAGAGCUCCGUGGCCGGGCUGGUGGCCUACAUUGCCAUCUCCUUCAUCCUGUCCUUCUGCUCGGCCACCGUCAACUACAUCAUGCCCUUCAUCUUCGGGGCCAUCGCGCUGGCCCUGGGCUUUGAGGCGGUCGCGCUCUUUGGGGAUUGGGCCCUGGUGGUGUCCGGGGUCCUGGAGCUGGGCAUCGUCCUGUGUGGGCUGUAUGGGGCUGUGGCUCUGCUCCUGAAGGGCAUCACCCAGAGAUAUGUGCUGCCUGGCUUUGGGCACCCCCUCUUCAAUGUCCUGCUGCUGGGAUCGGCACAGAAAAGCUCCUCCAAGGCCCUCGGGGAAGAAAAGAAGAAGAACACCAAGUACGCGGAGCCGAUGGCCCUGGGGAACAUCUGUGACACCGUGUCACCCUUUAUAUUUGCCUUUUACUUCUUUGGGUACAUGAAGACAUUCUGUGUGGGGGCAGCGUGGAUUUCCAUCAUCUCCAGCUGCCAGCUGCUCUCCAGCUUCUACAGCUACCUCAGAGGGGACAGCUACCACACCACCAAGUUUGGUGUCCACAGCCUGCUCUGGCUGGUGAUGUCCUGGGAGGAGUUUGUGCUCACCACCUUCCUCGGGCUGCCUGCAGCUCAGGACAGCAGGCUGGGAAUGUUUGGGGCGUGGUUCUUCCUGGCCACUGCCUGCCUGCUGUUUCUGAUGUCGAUCCACAAAGACACCCUGGAGAUGCUGCAGAAUGCCUCCUUCAUCCUCCUCACCUUGUCCUUCAUCCACCAGAUCCCACUGGCUGGCGCCCGGCCCUUCCUGGGGGCCGCCUGCAGCCUCUGCACCGCGCUCUCCCUGUACGCCACCUUCGCCAGCCUCAUCAACUCCAUUGGGGAGAAGGCUCUGAUUCCUGUGGGCACCCAGGCCGUGCCCAGCUCAGCUCUCCAGGCCAUGCUGGGGGCUGUGCAGAGCUGGCUCUCGAGGUCCAAGGACAUCCCCAGCGGCACCAGCGCUGCCGUGCCGGACUCGCUGUUCUACAUCUGCAAUGGCCUGGCUGCGGUCGCUGCCGUGCAGGGCAGCGUGGGUGCCCCGGGCAGGCAGCAGCUCUCCAUCCCCUCCGUGCUCAUCCCAGGAGCCCUGGGGCAGCUGUUCGUGUGCCGGAUCCAGGUGCAGGGUGGGAAGAGGUUCGGGUCUGUGCUCCCCUUCUGUUACGCUGCCUUCUGGGCAGCCUGGACCUGGCUGCGCCUGGCAGGCCACUUGCUGGACAUCGGGGCGGGGCACACCGAGGGAUUCACUGCUGGCUCCGUUGCCUUUUUGGUGCUCAAUGCUUUUUUAAUCAUUUUGGCUUCCUCUUUUAACCUGGUGCUACUCUGCCUGACCCUGGCCAUGGAGCUCUUGACCGUUUGUUUUCUCCUCUUUACACUGGAGAAGCUCCCUUUGCCAUUUGAAAUUGUGGUGCUGAGCAUCAUCAGUGUCAUCUGCUUCUACGGAGCCAUGGCCUCUCUCACCAACUGCAUGUUCGGGAAGGACCUCCUGAUGAUGGGACCUCCUCUGCUCACAGUCCAGAGCUCCAGGAAGGACAGGGAGGAUCCCCUGCCCUGUGUCUGCCCCAAGUCCCACCUCACGAGUGGCCUGAGGACCAUCGCGGAGCUGCUGAACACGGGGGCCGUGUGCGGGGUCCCCACAGACACCGUGUACGCCCUGGCAGCCUCCUGCAAGCACCCUCAGGCCAUCGAGAAGGUCUACAGGAUCAAGGACAGGCCUCAAGAGAAGCCCAUCUGCAUCUUUAUUUCCAACCUGGAGCAGCUGCGAGCAGCUGCCCCGCCCAUCAGCCCCCUGCUCUGGGAAUUCAUGGAAAGCGUUUAUCCCGGUGGCAUUGGCUGCAUUAUCCAGAAGGGAGAGUGGCUGAAGAAGUUGGGGGUCGGAGCAGGAUACAGCAGGGUGGGAACCCAGGACAGCAUCAUGAUCCGAGUGCCUGACCUGACGGUGCUGGUGCACCUCAUCGACAUGACCGGGCCCUUGGCCAUCACCUCGGCCAACCCCAGCGGGGAGGUGGACAGCACCCACCACGACAUGGUCAUCUCGCGCCUUGGCCAUAAGCUCGAGGGUGUUCUGUGUGAUGGAGAGUCUGACGAGGUGGUGGCGUCCACUGUGGUCAACUGCACCAAGAUUGAUGAAAGUGGCAUCACCGUCGUGCGGGAAGGCUGCAUCCCAGCUGGCAAAGUGAUGCAGAUCUUUGAAAGGGUGAAGAACAGAGUGGUCUGAACCGUGGUCUGGUUCCUCAGCAAAGGAACGAAGUUUGCUCUCCCUAAAAUCAGGAGGUGUCCCAUGUUUGGCUGGAGCACAUGGUCUUGGGAGAGCCAUUCCUUCUCUGAUCUGCUCUUACCUCCUUGGGAAUGGCAGCAUUUCCCCAGCUGGGGCCUCUCUGGGACCUUUCUGCAGUGAUUUGUUGUUUAUCCCCCGUAAGUGCCUGGAAUCUCCAGGAGAGCUGCCCAGGAGCUGAUGAUUUACUGCAGGAACUCCCAGAGCUCCUGUGCUUCUGAAGUGCACUGGACUGUGAACACAAUGUUUGUGCAUCCCCCUCCACAACACUCACAUCUGUGUAUUUUAA